AAAGAAAAAAGAAAUAUUGAGAGGGACAUUACAACUAAAACCAAAGUGGAGAGAAUGACUGAAUGCAAGCAGAGUAAAGAUGCAGUCAUGACAGAUGCAGUUAGCAGAUAUUUGCAGAAAGCAAAGGCAGAUGCUUCAGCGGGACUGACAACAGAGGCAGCAGAGAAAAGCACCAACCCUGGAGUAAAUUCUAAAAGUUUUCAAUCAAAUGUGAUUGGACCAGUGGGUGAAAGCAAAUCCAUCUUACAGGCGGCCUCAACAGCGAUGCCACUGGAUUCAGACCGCACUGCACCAUUAUCAGAAAAUCUGAGGAUUGUUCUUCUGGGUAAAACCGGAUCAGGAAAGAGCUCAACAGGAAACACUAUCCUGGGAAGAGACGCCUUCAGAGUCAGUUUUCUAUCCUCCACUCAAACAUGUGAGAGAAAAAAUGCAGUGAUUUCAGGAAGAAACAUCUCAGUAAUCGACACUCCUGGACUGUUAGAUGUGAGGUGGUACAAGCAUUUACAGGACAAACUCAAGCAGGACAUUGAGAAAUACCUGGAGAAGUGUGCUCCGGGUCCAAAUGUGUUUCUCCUGGUCAUCAGACCCAAUGGCAGACACACGGAUGAAGACGCAAACACUGUCAAAUGGAUUCGGGAGAACUUUGGAGAAGAAGCUGUUCGUUAUACGCUGGUUCUGUUCACUCAUGUUGACUUGCUGACGGGUGAAUCUAUAGAUGAUUAUAUUAGACAAAGUCUGGAUCUAAAGUUACUGAUUGACAGCUGUGGUGCCAAAUUUCACACAUUGAACAAUCAGGAUAAAAACAAUCCGAAUCAGGUCACUGAGCUCCUGGAGAAGAUUGAACAACUGGAGAGAGAGUUUAUGAUGGUGCUACUGUCAAGAUGAGUGAUGACUUCCGGUCUAAUCCCCACCCCUCUUUAGGGUGGGACUUCCUAUCUAAGCCACGCCCUUUUAUUCUUAUCAAUUUAUUCCUUCAUUCAUUUUCCUUCAGCUUAGUCUCUUUAUUCAUCAGGGAUCGCCACAGUGGAAUGAACCACCAACUGUUCAAGCAUGUUUUACACAGCUGAUGCCCUUCCAGCCACAACACAGUACUGGGAAACAACCAUACACACUUAUACAUACAUCCAAUUCACCUAUAGCACAUGUGUUUGGACUGUGGGGGAAACCAGAGCACCUGGAGGAAACCCACGCCAACACUGGGAGAACAUGCAACCUCCACAUAGAAAUGACAACUGACCCAGCCGGGACUCGAACCAGUGACCUUCUUGCUGUGAGGAGACAGUGCUAACCACUGAGCCAUCGUGUCUCCUUAAUUAAAUUGUAUUAUUAUGUUAAUAAAGGUUUCUUAAUAAUUUUCACUUA